AUGAUCUUUUUCUCUCUCUUCAUUUUUCUUUCUCUCUCUCUUCUCUUUCUCUCUGUGUACGACUGUGGACCGAAGGUCCUUCUUUUUCCUCUUUGUCAACCUUCUCCUUCUUCUUCUUUUUCUUCUUCCUCUCCCUCAAUCUUCAUUUUGUACGUGGCUUCGACGGAGUUGGAAAAGGAUAGACAAAGAAGAAGAUUGUUUAGUUGGAAAAGGGUAGACAAAGAAGGAGAUUGUUUAGCUUAUUUAGAUAAAGAUCCUUCAAGUGCUUGUGAUGGCAGAGCAGCUUUUCAACGUGUACGUAAAUGGACAAGAAAAGUUAACAUUUUGGAGAAGGAUUAUAUCGUGAUUCCUGUAAACUACAUGCACUACUUGCUUAUGGUCUAUCUAGCUUGA